AGAGAGAGAGAGAGACAGAGAGAGAGAGAGAGAGAGAGAGAGAGAGAGAGAGAGGGAGAAUGUUGUGAUGUCACUGCAGCCCCCUCAUAUCCAGUACACAAAGGGGCAGGGGAUCAUCAUAGCCAGCAUACCGACUCUGUUACACAGACUACUCUACUGCUCACUCACUCACACAGACUCAGACACACACAGACUCAGACACACACACACACGUCACCCAGAUACAGUCAGUCACAGUGUAACUCACACCAGGACCAGGCAUUUUUCAGGCUGGGCAGUCACAAGUACCAGCAAGGAAUCAGUGACCAUCCAAACUCCCAGCAGAAGCCAUACAAUAUUACUGAGGGAACGUCUGAGAAGUUGCAAGAGAACUCUUCAGCAUUUUGGAAUUUGGACUGUACCAGAUCCACCAGACGUUGGGAUUUAAAGCCCUCUGUUGAACCAGGCCGGAAACAGCAUUUUAGACAGUCCCAACAGCACCAGAGGAAGGAGGUUAAUCUAGGAUCAGACAGUAUGCUGGCUCAGAUCCUACAGGAGAUGUGGGUGGACCCAGAGGUUCUGGAGGCCCUGAGUGAAGACCAGAAGAGAAUCUUGUUCCUGAAGAUGAGAGAGGAGCAGGUCAGACGCUGGAAAGAGAGGGAGGAGAAGGACGAGAGAGAGAGAAGAACCAGGGAACACGCCAGGUCUAAGAAAGGUCACAGUAAGAGCGUGCGCUGGCUGUUGGGUCGUGAUGGGGAUGUGAGUGUGAGCGUGAUCGGAGAGGUGGAUGAAUUUAGAUCCUCCAAACUCCUCCAGACCCUUCGUACCAACACCAGACUAAAGAGUACAGAAAUUAACAACCUAGUGGUUGAUAUCCAUACUGUGUCUCUACUGACAGACAGAGAGAACCACCAAACCAGCUCACAAUCAGCCAUACUGAUGCAACUCAGCGAAGACUCAGACGGGUCUAAGGACUCUGAGGAGGACCAGUACACAGGUAGUGCUGAGGUUGACCCAAAGGACACCAGGGAGGACAGCAUCGACAGUGUGUCAGGCUACAGCACAGAUGACCUAAAGGACUGGGGCCUCUGCUCCAGACCCCACUGCAGAAACAUCAGCCUCUGUCUCCAACCCCAGCUGUCAGCCAGAGAAAAGGCCUGCCCACAGAGCAGAAGAGUGGUCAGUCAUGAAGAGGAGAGCCCAGCAUUUGGUGGUCGGGUGGCCAAGCUCAGGAGAGCAUUUGCCACAUCCUCUCCCACCGCCAUGCCCCGUGUGGCCACCAAACCCUUUCACCUGUAGCCAGCAGCCAAACCCUCCCUCAGGUAACACCAGGGUCACCUCCAGUCAACCAACCACACAGAAGAGGUACUGCCCACUUGACGGGCUCAUAUGAAUACCAGGUACAAGUGACCUAUGGACAGACACUCACCUGAGGAACGGUGCUGAGAAAUAGGAGCUCCGAACUUAGCCGAGUUAAAGGUGGACAUGCACGGCUGAGUGGGAGGAAUGCUUGGCGCUGGUAUUCUGGUGAAACCGCUCCCUUUAAAGGUGCCUGGAGACUGAAUGGUAGUCAUGCAGUUCUACCUCUCCUUGAAGCUAAAUACACAAGAGGUUUGGACAUGGCUAACACAAGAGCUAUUUCUACAUAUGUACAAGAGGUUUGGACAUGGCUAACACAAGAGCUAUUUCUACAUAUGUACAAGAGGUUUGGACAUGGUUAACACAAGAGCUAUUUCUACAUAUGUACAAGAGGUUUGGACAUGGCUAACACAAGAGCUAUUUCUACAUAUGUACACAAGGUUUGUAUCUGAUUUGUACAUGGGGUGGAGGAAAAGAUUUAGCUUCACGUUUCUUAUCAUGAAUUAUGUAAAAAAAGAAAAACCCCAGCUGUAAUAAGGGGCGUGGUAUGUUUGGGUUAUAGGUCAAACCAUCCUGUCAUGUUUUUAGUUGCCUGAUCUUCUGCUUUGUUAGUUGUUGUUAUCUAACGGUCUAACCUCGUAGAUUUUAUGGUCAUAUUCUGUUUGGAAUAUUUGCGCUCUAACUACAUUUGUUUGAAGAGGUUAUUUCAAUACUGUGUGUGAAACAUGCUUGUGCAAUACACAAAUUAAUUUGA